CCCUGCCAGUAUGUUUUGUCUGAAAGUUCGAAGCGAAAAUCCUAGGAAGUUUAUGACAAGGGGAUCUAGUAGCUUGCCCUACCAACACAUAUCCAGCUGGUUCUUUUAGUGUCUUGGUUAAGAUGGUGUUUGCUUGUGUCGUUCCUAUAACAAAGGAGGCCUAGGAUUAAGUUCUAUCUUGUAGGGAUGGCUAGCUGACUUGAUUUUGUAAACUUUUGCAGCCUAGUAGCCCUGCGAAGUUCUGCGAUGAAUGUGGUGCUCCUUAUUUGAGAGAAACGUCAAAGUUCUGCUCUGAAUGUGGCACAAAGAGGCUGGGAACAUGAGCCAAUGGCUCUGAACGUGGAAUAGGGAUUUCCUCCGAUGUAAAUUAUUCUAGCGGUCCAGGCUGUUGUAUCAUUUAUUGUCUAGUGUAUUGGUUAGUUUGAUGAAGCCUCAGACAGCAAGGGUUGUGGCUUAGGGACUUUUAUCUUUUGUUGAAGUCCGUUCGGGAUUAGAUAUUAGGUCGAUGGUUCUCUUGUCUUCGGCUUUUUAUGCUCUGUACUCAAUUAGUCUGUUGCUAAGUUGCUAAGAAGUUCUGAAUGGUUGUUUGAAACUUGAGUUCUAAGUUGCUAAGAAGUUAAUUUAUGUGGAUCAUUACUGCAAGGUUUGGAAUUUUGACGAUCUUGAAGGGUGUUCUGUUAAAUUUUGGGUGACUCGACAAUUCUAUUAGUCACGUCAAUAAAAAUUAGUUGUUAAUAAAAUUUGCAUUAUUAGUCGCGUUAAUAAAAAACUAACGUUGUUAAUAGAAUUUGCUUGAAGGUAAGGUCAGUAAUCAAAUUUGAGAUAUACCACGUAUAGGUGGGCACAUGGGUGGUUAAUCUGCGGAUUGAUAUUAAUUUACCCGCAAAUAACCCGACCCACGAGCGGUAGGUGAUUGAUGUGAGUGGAUUGCGGAUUGAUAAAUCUCUCACCCGCACUUAUGUGGGUGGGUGGUGGAUGGAUUGCGACUCACCCGAAUGACCUGCAUCCUAUUUUCACAUGAUAAAGUGUUGUUUUGACUACUAUUAUUGGUUAUUGUGUUGUGUAAUAUCCAUUAGGUAUUGAAUAUUAGAAUGUAAUUUAUUAUUAAUAUCCAUUACAUAUUGGGAUGUAAACUUUAUCAAAUUCACAAAAUGUGUAAGUUUUCUCUACACAAUUGGUUGAUAGAAUAGUAAAUUUUUUUAUGCAACUACUAUAUGGAUUCACUUGAGACAAAGUGAGAAGUGUUUAAAUUGAUACAGUCUUACUAAUUUACUAUGAACUUAUUAUAAAUGUUAGCCAACUUUCUUAAUGAUUAGUUGGAGAAUUGUUUUUGCGGGUUAACCCACGACCCAACCACACUCAUCCGCCACCCACCCAACCCGAUCUGUAGAAGAAUGUGGGUGGAUUGCGAGUCACAAUUAUUCCAACUCGCUAGUAAGCGGGUGGGUCAAUUUGAACGAAAACGCACCCAUUGCCCACCACUAAUAGAAUUCAAAAUUUUAUGUGUCAAAUAUGAAACAAAUUAAUAAUUUUAGUCACCAAACUUCUAAUUUUGGCAGAAAAAAGAGUUAGUCACCAAACUUGUUACUAUGACAGAUUUAACCCCGAAAUAAAAGCCUUUUCUGUGUUUGAGAGUCUUAAGCCCAUUUUUCUCAACUAUGGAAUCUAUAGGCCCAAUUACUGUCCCCUCACAGUUUCAGCUUACUCCUUGCGAGUUUCAAACGGAACGCCCGAAAGCAGUUUCGGAGCUCUCACAAAACCCUCCAUCCCGGCCCGGGAACGAGCCAGCGCAUCAUCGUCACACCAUGCCUGCCUGCUUAAACCCUACUACUGCUAUUCUUCACAGCCCCUUCGGCUCGUUAGUUUCUACAGAAACACCAGAUGAAGCUUCCCCUCGCUCUCUAGAUACCUGCAAAUGAAGCUCCUCAUCUUCCGGGCGCUUCUCACUCUUCUCCUCUCAGCGAUGCUAUUUUCACUCCGCAGUCUAUUCCACGUCCGCCUACGCAGCAGCCACCGUCUCUGGUUGCCGUUUUCUACUAGGACAGUCUCCACAAACUCUGAUGUUGUCAUCGGAGAGUUGGACAAGGAUUCAGUAAGUAAAAUUGUUCAGCAGGGCUGUUGGGACGAUCCCAGAAUCGUAGCGCUCGUUGGUUCUUCUUCUUCCUCUUUGGCUCCUUUACGGGUUUCCAGGGUACUGCUGGUGUUACGGCAUGACCCGCGAUUGGCAUUGAAAUUCUUCAAUUGGGCGAAAACCCUCAUUGGGUUUCGCCACACCACGGAAUCCUACUGCUUAUUGGCUCACAUUUUGUUCUACGGCAGAAUGUAUUUCGAUGCCAAUGACAUUCUUAAGGAGUUGGUCUUAGCAGGAAGGAGUUUGCCAGGUUUCGAUGUGUUUGAAGUUUUGUGGUCGACUAGGAAUGUUUGCGUCUCGGGUUAUGGAGUUUUUGAUGCGCUUUUUAGUGUGUAUAUAGAACUAGGGAUGCUUGAGAAAGCUGAUCAUUGCUUUUCGAGGAUGAGAAGUUGUAGAGUGUUGCCUAAAGCACGAUCAUGCAAUGCCCUCCUGCAUAGGCUAGCCAAGGGAGGGAAGAAAGAGGAUGGUGCUAUUAGGAACUUCUUUAGGAAUAUGGUUGGUGCUGGAAUUUCUCCCUCUGUGUUUACUUACAACAUCAUGAUAGACCAUGUGUGCAAAGAAGGGGAUAUUGAAGCUGCUAAAAGCUUGUUUGAGGAAAUGAAGCACAAGGGUGUGAUGCCAGAUGUUGUAACUUACAAUUCGCUCAUUGAUGGAUAUGGGAAAUUAGGCUUUUUGGAGAAUUCAGUGGGGUUAUUUGAGGAAAUGAAGCAAGCAGGUUGUGAACCUGAUGCAGUAACCUACAAUGCAUUGAUUAAUUGUUUUUGUAAAUUCGAUAGGAUUGCUAGAGCUUUUCAGUUUUUCUCUGAGAUGAAGCAUAAUGGAGUCAGACCUAGUGUCAUAACUUACAGCACACUGGUCGAUGCAUUGUGCAAGGAAGGAAUGAUGCAACAGGCCAUCAAAUUUUUUAUAGACAUGAAACGCCUUGGUUAUUCUCCCAAUGAAUACACUUAUACUUCUCUUAUUGAUGCAAAUUGUAAAGCUGGAAAUUUGAGUGAAGCAUUGAAGCUGGCGAACGAGAUGCUCUGGACAAUAAGUUCUGAAUUGAACAUUGCUACAUACACAGCUUUAUUAGACGGCCUUUGUAAUGGAGGGAGGAUUACAGAAGCAGAAGAACUUAUCACUGGGAUGCUGAAAGCUGCAGUAGCUCCUAACCUGAAAACUUACACUGCUCUUGCUCAUGGAUAUAUUAAAGGUAAGAGCAAGGAAGAUUAUAUUGAAUUUUUGAAGCAAAUAAAGAUGAAAGGAUUUCAGCCUGAUUUGAUGCUUUUUGGGACCAUCAUCUGGGGGCUUUGCACUGAAAGGAAGUUUGAAGAAUGCAAGCUUGUUAUGUUUGAGAUGAAACAGCAAGGUAUUGGUGCAAACCCUGUCAUAUACACAACACUUGUUGAUGCUUAUUUCAAAGCUGGAAUGACCGCGGAGGCACUCGAUCUGGUACGGGAAAUGUGGGACUCGGGUGUUGAGGCUACAGUUGUAACUUUUUGUGUACUAAUUGAUGGGCUGUGCAAAAAGGGUAUGGUUCAAGAGGCAAUUGAUUACUUUACUAAGAUGCCCGACUAUGGUUUGCAACCUAAUGUAGCAGUCUACACUGCCUUGAUGGACGGUCUUUGUAAAAAUAAUUUCAUAGAAGCAGCUGUUACUUUGUUCAAUGAAAUGCAGGAGAAACAUAUGAUUCCCGAUAAGACAGCAUACACUACUCUAAUAGAUGGGUAUCUGAAGAAUGGUAGCUUGCAAGAAGCAUUAGAUACAAGAAACAAGAUGGUCGAGCUAGGUUUGCAGCUUGAUCUUCAUGCCUACACUGCGUUGGUUUCAGGUUGUGCUAGAUGUGGCAAUCUACAGCAAGCUAGGAUAUUUCUUACUGAAAUGAUUGAUAAUGGCAUUUUUCCAGACCGGAUGCUUUGUGAUAGCCUACUAAAGAAGUAUUAUGAGCAAGGCCUUACUGUCGAAGCGAUCGAAUUGCAAAAUGAUUUGGCAAAGAAGGGUCUGAUAGAUGGUAGUUACGACUGUGUUGUUCCUGAAGUCUGAGAUGGGUCCUAUGCUCCACAUCAAGACACUGAAAACACUUGAAUAGAAUGGAUACUGAUAAGGUCCUUCGCGAAAAUAACCAAUUGAUACAUGAGUGUGAGGUUGUCAGAUGACGGACUUACUCACCCGUUGUGCUUUUCCUGGACCAACAACUUCCAAAGAACUUUGUUGUAAGUCUUACUCUCAAUUUUCUGCUCUUGAUAUUUGUUGAUGUCCGUUUCAUACUGCCAACUGUAACUUUGUGAAGCUGAACCAAACUUGCAAUUGAGUGAAUGUGUAAUUCUUGCUCCAUUGUAUUUGUCGUCAUGUAGCUCACUUGCAAGUCUUGCUGCAAAGCAUUUACGCAAGUUUUGUAUUCAAGGCAUACUGUGCUCGAAGAAGCAAGGCACUUCGUUGGCAAGUCACAAAAGUGAAUAUGAUUGAAUCUCCAGAGUUCAAUGUGUAUUCCUGAAAUGGUUCGUGAGUUGACUACUUUCAUGAUUAUGGUGCACUUAGCUUCAUAUCUUCUUAGCUGAUAAUGUGGCUUUAGGUGAAACUAUUGGAAGGCUGUUCUGCUACCCUGCCCCUUAACCUGGCCGCUUCAGCAGGAUCUGAUGUAUUUUGGAGGCAUGGUGCGCACAAGCUUCCGGAUUCCAUACUUUUGUCGGCUUCGUGUUACUGCUUUUAUCUUCACAGGUUCCUUUUUCCACCCUGUUUCAGUCUCUAGCUUCUGCUUUUGCUCAACAAUAAAGAAUAAGCAGUGGCUCACUGUUUCUAACUUUCUAUGGUGUCUUACACCUGGCAUUCUCUACAUGCAGUAAUAGCUUUGUUGUAUACAUUUUGUUAUCUAGCAGAUCAACUCAUUUCAACAGCUAGUGAGAAUAAAUUCGUGGUACAUUGUUCCCCUUACUGCAACUUGGUUAUUGUGUGUUCUAAUUUGAAACUUGCAUCAUCUCACUCUGCAUUUUGCCCCUUGUUACUUGGACUUACAGACUGAAGAGUUGGAGCUUUCGGAAGACAAACAAGAGCUCGCUCUGAAGGACACACUUUGGUGAGGAUGGUGAGAACUGAGAAUGAGGAAAUAGUUCUUCCAUGGUUGCUGCCUGCCUUUGUGGGUGUCCACUGUUCAGUGGAAUGUUGUAUGUUUCGGAACAGAACGAUUGUAGAUUGUAGCAAAAUUGUAGAUCAAGAAUGUGGGUUGAUUACUAUGGAUGUCUGAUUAAGUCUUUAUAAUCAGUAUCCUGUAAUGUAACUGCCAUAAUCACAAAAGGAAAUGUCAAAACAGAUUAUUUUUCUCAAAGAACAAAACACUAAAGAUAAAAUGGCGAUAUAGCCAUGUGUGAAGAUAUCGUGUUUUAACUCUAUAUUUUGGCGACAAAUUGAUGUAAUAUUAAAUUCAUAAUCAAGCAGUUAACGAUCGAUUAAGAACACUAAGAAAGGUGGCAUUAGCAU